CCAACUCUUCCUUUCCCUUCCUUUCCUUCUCUUCCUCUUCAUCUUCUUCCCUCUCUCUCUCCCUCUCUUUUUGCUUUCCCACCCCUCCUGCAUCUCUCUUGGUUAGCUUUACCGCGCAUUUUGUCGGUGGUCUCGCUCAAUUCCCACCACCUGGUAUCAUUCGUCCAUAUUUGUUUGUGUCAUGCAUUAAGCUAUACUUUUCCAGUAAACGCCAUCGAUCAGUAACCCUCCCACUGAACGCGUCUCGUCACAGCCGUCACCACUCACUACAAUCUGAAUCCCACAAUCAUUGACUACGGACAAACCGGCUCAUUAUGGACGAAAGCGCCUCGUCACGUCCGACCAAUACCCCGGAAGGUUCGGUCGGAGCAGACGAGCACCCGUCGAGCUCCGCAAAGAAUCCAGCCCUCAAGGAUCGGCAAUGCCAAUACUGCCGCCAGGCUUUCACCUCGUCCUCCCUCGGACGACACCUCGAUCAGUUUAUGUUCAAGAAAAAACCCGAUGGCAUUCACGAUGUCGAGGAGAUUCGACGCAUCCGAAGUGAGAUCACGCGACGACAAGCUCGCACCUCAUCCGGCAGACGCGACACCCCGGAGAGAACACCGGGAAAACGUCAACAGGACCUAUUCAAUUCUGGUGACUCGGGCACAAAGCCACGCGAUGGCGCGUAUAGGAUGAUGUUCAAUACCCCCACUUGGCAUGCGACUGGAGUCAUCAACGACAUUCCCCAUCCUAGUCAGGCGGAGGGUAGUUCCUCCCAUUCGCGUAUUGCGCCUUCACAGUCCAGAACCGGAUCCUUCACUUUCACGGAUAGGCACAACUCGGGCAAUCCAGACACCAUGAGGGCGCUGGAACUGGCUUUGCGCGAGGUGCUAGACAACAUCAAAGCUGCAACUACUCGAAUGCGCCCCCGACUCUCGCCUUUUGACUUUGACAUCCAAUCGCAGACGUUUCCCUCCCUCUGUCUGCAGCUUCUUCCACCUCCUCCCAGCUUAUUUGCGACUAACCCGUUCCCUUCGCCGACCUCAUUCCCUCUUCAGCCCCCGGGAACUGAGCACCUCGAAAUUGUCCGACAAGCUCUGCGCGCGAAGAUCGAACAGUGGCAAUCCGACCAACUCUCCUCCGCCGAGUCCAGCUCUCAUCCACACUCUGGCCGUCCGUCCACUUUCGGGCUCGACUCCAACAUGAUCACCCGCAGCGCUCAACAACACGAAGACCUCAGCCUUCGUCACCUCGAGCUCGCCUUCAAGCAUUGGGCUUCUUUGUCCCAGGAGAUGCGCAGAGAUGCUUGGCAACUUGAGAUCACGCGCGCUUUCGCCCGCGAAAUGGACAAGCGCAAAUCCCUCGAUGAACAACUCGCCCGCGUUCAGCAAGAAGCGAACCAACUCCGCGCCCAAGUGGAACGACUGGGUUCCUGCCAAUGGCCGAGAGAAUUUGCGCUCUUUCCGCCCGACACCUUGCCUCUGCCACGAGACGUUGCUAGAGAAUUAGACGCGCAUCAAAGUCAGAUCUCCCCUAGCGCAUCGCGGUGGGACUACGAUAAUGUUGUCGCGAAAUGGAAACGAGUUGUAAUGCAUGACAAGGGAAUGGGCCGCGUCGGGGUGGGAUACACUGGCUCCGUCCAACAGCAGCAGCACCAGGAGGACACCCCGCAGGCUGCACCUUCCAGUACGGAAACAAGACAGCAGCAGCGCAAUCUCACAAGCACAACCGGCUCGGGCGAGGACCGGUCAACAAACCGAAUGCUGCAUCCUCCCACGAGUUCCUCAGCGUUGAGCCCUGACCCUUCUCCAACCAAUCCCACACCCAGCAACUCCGCGACUCGCAGUCCUGAAGCGGCUCCUCAUUCCAAACGCCCUCGUCUCAUGAACGGUCAUCAUACGACGAUCGCGGCCAUAGCAGGCACCGGUCACGAUGCCUCGGAGGGCAAUGUCUCGAGCACUGGUGCACCACCGCCGCUAUCCUCGCCAACGGCACCAUCUAGUGCCAAUAGCGCAUCGACCCAGCGCCCCGCUGGCUCCUCCAGCUCUUGGUCCACCACCGCCGCUGCGCAUCAAUCAGGCGGCGGUCUACCCUCCAACCCGACUGGUACGAAUUCAAGUGCUGCCGCGCCAAGUCCGCCACGAGAAACGGCUUGA